AUGACGACCACUGAAGGGCCCGACCAAGCCGAGAUGGACGGCUUCGGUGACUAUGUUACUGAGAAGUGGCUAAUUGCGCAUUGCACUUUCCGUGGCGAAUAUCAAAAUGGUUAUUCUGAUUGGGGGUAUAUCCCCGACACCGGGGUAAUCCCCCCCCCGCGGGUUGCUUGCCCAUCUACUGAGUGGCUCCGUCCCGCUGGCUUCCAGGACUUCCAAGCCACUCCGGAGCAGUCCACUGAACUUGAGCGUCGUUACAAGGAGACUCAGAAGGAGGCCGAUAAAAUCCGCCACUCUGCAUUGGAUUCGUGA